AGGUGAUCCGGACCUAUCGCUGCCACGGGGCAAGGUAGCUAUUUGGUGGAUAAAAAGGCCAGGAGGCGUAGAUAAACUCUUCAGAUCUCCAGCUGGCUAUGUGAUGAAUUCAAGAAUCGCGCCCAGUGGUACAACGGCCAUUGGAGAGCUGUGUUUUGAGCACGUUCACUCCAUACCUGGAAAAAUGGUGUCCCAGUCCAUAGGCUGGGGAGACUCUCCUGUGGACCUCUGUGAAGGGAGCAACCAUGCCUUCCAGGACACUGACCAACCUGCUUGCCAAUUGGAUGUGAGGCUCCUAAGACACAAAGCUUCCUGGAUCAACCCGCUGUGUGUGCAGCAGCCACUUCAAGAAUUAUGCCCCCAAAGACCAACCGUGCAGAGCAGUGAGAACCACGUGGUGCUGGACACUCCCUCUCCCUUGCGCCUUUCGAUAUUGUCCUACAGGGACUCCCUGACUGAGAUGCCACUGUCUGAGAAUACUGCUGAUGUCAUCUGCAGCAACUCUGCUCAUUGCUCCGGGGGAAAGGAGGGUGACUUCUUCUUGGCUACAGAAGAGCAAGAGGUUCAUCCUCAGCAGGAAUCUCUGCUCAAAAACCCCAAGAUUGUGGCCACUUCCCUAUCCCCUAAGGAGGGCAGUGCCCUUUCUGAGUCUCCUCAUUUGACAGCUUCUACAGAUGACGGUGAUGCUCGGAGCAGCAGCAGAAGCCAUGCUUGGAAUUUCUUCCCACUAGAGAUGUUCAUGCUGCCCGCUGACGUAGAAAAGGAAAAUCUCCAUUUUUAUGCUGCAGACAUGAUUAUCUCAGUAAUAGAGAAUAUGAAAUGCAACCUCCCGAAUCAACAGCAGCCAGAGAGAUGGGGCACAGAAGACGCCAACAGGUUACGUGGGACUGGAGCGGAAGUGACCUUUUAUACCCAUACAAAGCAGGAGCCAGGCUCCUCGGCUUCUUCACACACUGGCUGUGAAGGUUGUGCUGCACUCCAGGUCAGCCCAGUGGCUGAGACCCUUUCUUACUGCCCUGUGGCAGGAGAGGCCUGCAAACAUGACUUGAACAAAUUGGUCAUGUUAGAACUUGGGAAAUAUAAUGACAUCACGAAAGGCUGCAGAUGCUUCUAUAACUCUUCAAAGAGUGCAACCUGCGAGUCAAACCUCAGUCCUGCUGGGUGCUUAGCCAGAGAGUUGUUCCGAAGGUUCUGUAAGUACUGGAUGCUGUCAGAAGUCAGUUGCCAGCUGCCAGGCUCGCCGACCACAGCUAGCUCAGGAGUUGGGGAUGAAGAAUAUGCUGAGGAAGACUUUGACUCCAGUGUGGAUGCUGCUCAGGAAGUCAUGCUUAAGUCUAGGGUCCCAGGUACUGAAGACUGGGUGCUCCCUCAAUGCCAAAUCAUACUCACUGUUCACCCACCAAUCAAGAGGGACAUAGCAGUGGUGGCCCAGAACUUCUUCUGUGCUGGAUGUGGGACUCCAAUACAGCCCAAGUUUGUGAAGAGGCUCCGGUACUGUGAGUAUCUCGGGAAGUACUUCUGUGCCAGCUGCCACUCAUCCGCAGAGUCUUGUAUCCCUGCGCGGAUCCUGACGAUGUGGGACUUCAGGAAGUACCAAGUCAGCGAUUUCUCUAAAUGGCUCUUGGACAGCAUAUGGCAUCAACCUGUCUUCAAACUGUUAGGUGGCCAUCACAGCCUCUAUGCAAAAGCUAAGGAACUGGAUAGGGUGAAGGACCUCCAGGAGCAACUUUUUCAUAUCAAGAAGCUGUUGAAGACCUGCAGGUUUGCUGACAGUGUGCUGAAGGAGUUUGAGCAAGUUCCCAGCCACUUGACUGAUGAAUGCCACAUCUUCUCCAUGGACGACUUCCUCAGGACCAAGAAAGGACUGUUGGCACCGUUGCUUAAAGACAUCCUGAGAGCUUCUCUUACCCACGUGGAUAGCUGUGAGCUGUGCCAGGGGAAGGGCUUCAUUUGUGAGUUUUGCCAGAGCACGACGGUCAUCUUCCCAUUUCAGACCACGACUUGUAGAAGAUGUGCAGCGUGCAGGGCCUGCUUUCACAAACAGUGUUUCCAGUCCUCGAGAUGCCCGCGCUGUGCCAGGAUCACAGCCCGGAGACAUUUGGAGAGCGUGCCCACUGCAGCGACAUGAUGGCCCAAAGUUGUUCCAAACCUCUCAUGAUGUUACCAAAUUGUGUCUGCUCCUGGUAACAUUCA